AUGACGAGCAUACCUCCGCUGGACGACACCCUGUACCAUAUCUCGCCCGACGCGGCCGCGUUCUUCAAGCUGUCGACGGGCAUCGAGGACGACGAGGAGCUGAAGAAGCACAUUCUGACCGUGCGGGAGAAGGCUUAUAGCAUUGUACCAUACCCGUGCAUCCGUAUUUUCACUUUCACCCAUCUCGACAUGUCACGACUGGACGUAUACCCUCAUGUUUUGGAGAUCGCACGGACGAAACCUAACGCUAUCCUGAUGGACUUGGCAUGCUGCUUUGGUGGAGACGCGCGGAAAGCGGUUGCAGAUGGCUUCCCCGUAGAGAACGUGGUUCUCUCCGAUCUCAAAGGAGAGUUCCUGGAGCUCGGCCACGAGAUGUUUGGGACGACGCCCGAGACGUUCCCCGCGCACAUGCUGCAAGCAGACGUGUUCGACCCUGCCCACCUCGCGCCAUCCGCGCCCGCGACCGAGCCCGUGGAACGCAUCGCGAACCUCAAAGACGCCAAGACGCUCAACGACCUGCGCGGGCAGGUCUCGGUCCUGCACGCGUCGAAGCUCUUCCACCUGUUCGAGGAGGACAAACAGCUCGAGCUCGCGAAACAGCUCGCCGUGCUUCUGUCGGCCGAGCCCGGGUCUGUGAUCUGCGGCGCGCAGGGCGGGCACCACGUCAAGGGCAAGCGCGCGACGCGGACGUGGUCGACCGAGUUCGAGUACUUCUGCCACUCGCCCGAGAGCUGGGACGAGCUCUGGAACGGGCAGGUGUUCGAGAAGGGCACGGUCAGGACCGACGCGGUGCUCCGCCCGUACGGCAGCCUCGACGGCGAGCUGAUGUUCCUCGAGUGGAGUAUCACACGCCUGUAA